AUGCCUCACAACAUCCUCAUCAUCGGCGCAACCGGCAACACCGGCCGCAGCGUGCUCGCCCACCUCCCCGCCCUCCUCACCAGCGCAGGCCUGGACUACCAAAUCCUAGCCCUCACUCGCUCCCUCACCAGCCCCGCCUCCCAGUCCCUCUCACUCCUCCCCCGCGUCACCAUCCUCGAAAAAGACUGGACCACCAUCACAACCUCCUGGCUGCUCGCCAACUCCAUCCAGCGCAUCUACGUCGCGCCGCACAACCUGCCCACGCAGUUCUUCGACGAGUCGGCCCUGCUCGUCGCUGCGCUCGCGGCAGGCGUGAAAUACAUCGUUAAGCUGUCUACGAAUCUGUGUUUCAUUGGCCCCGCGAGCCCGGUGUAUUAUGGGCGCGCGCACUGGGCGGUCGAGGAACUGCUUUCGACGCCUGAGUAUGGGGAUGUUAUGUGGACAGCGCUGAGACCGAAUGUCUUCACGAGUUCCUUUCUGGGGAAUACUGUGGACUGGAUCAAGGAGUAUAGGGAGACAGGCACGCAGACUUGUCUUAAUGUCAUCCCUGCCGCAGAUGUCCCCAUCGCGCUCAUCGACCCCGCGGACGUAGGCCGCGCCGCCGCGGCCCUCCUCGCGCUCCCGAACCCUUCGCCACACAAUCGGAAACGGUACGUGCUCAGUGGCCCCGCGGACGUGACAGGCCGGGACAUCGCCGACAUCGUGGGACGAGAAGCCGGUGUGUCGGUUGCAGAGACAAAAUUCCAGUAUCAGGACUGGUUGGAGGGGUUGGCGAGCCAGGGGUAUGGAGAGAGUGCUGUGGAGUCGAUACGCGCGGGCAUUGAGAUGGUGUGGGACGGGAGGAGCGGGUUGGAGGGUGCGCCGACGGCGGGGGAGAUGUUGAGGUUGUGUCCGCCGAGCGUGGGUGUUGCGGAGUCGCUGAGGGCGGCGCUUGAGGGGAGGGGUGAGUAG